CCGUAGUUUUGAUUUUUAAGAUUCUAAUCUAAUUUAAGAUUCUAAUUUUCCAUUGUGAAAAUGCUGUAGAAUGUCUAUGAUGUCCGAUUCUUGAAAGCACAAUUGAUCAGUAAACAGAAAUAGGUGUUAUGCACACAGCAGGGUCGUGUGUGUGUGUGUGUGUGUGUGUGUGUGUGUGUGUGUGUGGAGAAGGACCGUAUCCCCGAUCCCAGAGGAAAUUGACUAUUCAAGAAUGUUUGUUCCAAGAUCACUGAAAAUCAAGAGGAAUUCUAAUGAUGACCUCAAAGGCUGUGUAGGUAAGAAAAGUAAGCCAGAAGCGGAAGACGUUCAGCUGGACAGCGCCGGAGCCAUUCCAGUUCACGCUUCAGUUACCAAAGAAGCUGUCGCUGCCGACAGGCCCGGCAGUGCCUCAAGCCCCUCACCCAGGCCCUCUGGCCAGUUGGCUGAGGCUUGUUUGGUAGGACCUGAACAAGGUGCGAAGGACAGCGUUCCUUCCGAAGAGCCUGUGAAGUCAUUUUCCAAAAGCCAGCGCUGGCCGGAGCCUGGGGAGCCCGUGUGCGUUGUCUGUGGUCGCUACGGGGAGUACAUCUGUGAUAAGACUGACGAGGAUGUGUGCAGCUUGGAGUGCAAAGCGAAACAUCUGCUGCAGGUUAAGGGAGAGGAGCAGUCGCCGAAGGCCAGCAGCCCGCAGAGAGCUGCCUCCGAGCCCGAGACCCCACUGGGUGCCUUUUAUGUCUAUAGAGAGCACCCAUUUAUUGGGACCCUGAGAGAGGACCAGAUUGAAACACUCAAACAGCAGCUGGGAAUCUCGGUUCAAGGACAAGAAGUUGCCAGACCCAUUAUUGACUUUGAGCACUGUGGCUUCCCUGAGACCUUAAAUCAGAACUUGAAGCAGUCGGGCUACGAGGUGCCAACUCCCAUCCAGAUGCAGAUGAUCCCUAUGGGGCUUCUGGGAAGAGACAUUCUGGCCAGCGCAGACACCGGCUCAGGAAAAACAGCUGCUUUCCUCCUUCCCGUUAUCAUGCGAGCUUUAUUCGAGGACAAAACUCCAUCGGCACUCAUUCUUACACCAACGAGAGAACUGGCCAUCCAGAUAGAGAAGCAAGCCAAGGAACUCAUGAGUGGUCUGCCACGCAUGAAGACGGUACUUCUCGUGGGGGGCCUGCCUUUACCCCCACAGCUCCAUCGCUUACGCCAGCAGGUGAAGGUUAUCAUAGCAACCCCCGGACGACUUCUGGAUAUAAUAAAACAGAACUCCAUAUCACUUGGUGCCAUAAAAAUUGUGGUAGUAGACGAAGCUGACACCAUGUUGAAGAUGGGCUUUCAACAGCAAGUGCUUGACGUUUUGGAAACCACUCCUGCUGAUUGUCAGACCAUCUUGGUUUCUGCCACGAUCCCAGGCAGCAUAGAGCAGCUUGCAGAGCAGCUUCUGCACAACCCUGUGAGGAUUAUCACUGGGGACAAGAACCUGCCCUGCCCCAGCGUGCGGCAGAUCAUCCUAUGGGUAGAAGACCCAGGCAAAAAGAAGAAGUUGUUUGAAAUCUUAAAUGAUAAGAAGCUCUUUAAACCUCCAGUGUUAGUAUUUGUGGACUGCAAACUAGGUGCAGAUCUGUUGAGUGAAGCAGUUCAGAAAAUCACAGGUCUACACAGCACAUCCAUCCACUCAGAGAAGUCUCAGAUGGAAAGGAGAGACAUACUGAAGGGAUUACUGGAAGGAGACUAUGAGGUGGUGGUGAGCACAGGAGUCCUGGGUCGAGGACUGGACUUGGUCAACGUCAAGUUGGUUGUGAAUUUUGAUAUGCCUUCAAGCAUGGAUGAGUAUAUUCAUCAGGUCGGCAGGGUAGGGAGACUCGGUCAAGAUGGAACCGCGAUUACUUUUAUCAAUAACAACUCUAAACGGCUCUUCUGGGAUGUUGCCAAAAGAGUGAAGCCCACGGGAUCCAUUCUCCCCCCACAACUGCUAAAUUCCCCUUACCUUCAUGAGCAGAAGAGGAAGGAGCAACAGAAAGACAAACGGACACAGAGCAACCUGGUCACGGGGGCUAACCUCAUGGACAUUAUCAGGAAACAUGAAAGGAGCAAUUCACAGAAAUGACCUGGUAUACCACUUCCAGCAGGCUUUACUAUGUAUUA